AGGGGCGGGUAGCCGCUAUCGUUUCUGGUCCCGGCCCCGCUCGGCUGGUCCCGGCCCCGCUGGGCUGGGCUGGGCUGGGCUGGGUUCGGCUCAGGUCGGCCGGGCCCGGUUCGGUUCCGCUCCCCGGGCCGGCGAUGAGGCCUCCGCCGGCGGGGAGGGAGGAUGGGCGGCGGGCCGCGGGGGCCAUGGCGGAGAGCAAGGCGGACUGGAUGGGCUCGCUGCCGGCGGCGCUGCGCUCCUACCCGCUCUCCAACCUGGCCAUCCCGGGGUCACAUGAUUCCUUCAGCUACUGGGUUGAUGAGAAAUCUCCUGUGGGACCAGACCAAGCCACAGCCAUCAAACGUUUGGCCAGAAUUUCUUUGGUUAAAAAGAUCAUGAAGAAAUGGUCAGUGACUCAAAAUCUGACUUUCAAAGAGCAGUUGGAAGGUGGGAUCCGCUACUUUGAUCUUCGUGUAUCUUCCAAACCUGGGGAAAUAGGACAAGAGAUUUACUUCAUACACGGCUUGUUUGGCAUCAAAGUAUGGGAUGGGCUGAUGGAGAUUAACACCUUUCUUGAGCAGCAUCCCAAGGAAGUAAUCUUCUUGGAUUUCAAUCACUUCUACGCCAUGGAUGACAGCCAUCACUACUUCUUGAUCAACAGGAUCCACUCAGCAUUUGAAUCCAAACUUUGUUCUGUUGAAUGUGUAGAAUAUGUGACAUUACAAUAUAUGUGGGAGAGGAAACACCAGGUUCUCAUAUUCUACCACUACCCUUUGUAUCGGGAGUACCCCUUCCUGUGGCCAGGGAAUAAAAUGCCAGCACCAUGGGCUAAUACAACCAAUGUGCACAAACUGUUACAGUUCCUGGAGACCACUCUUGAAGAACGAAGUCGUUAUGGGACUUUUCAUGUUUCUCAGGCAAUUCUCACUCCUCGAGUGAAAACUAUUGCACGGCAUCUAAUUCGUGGUCUGAAGAACACACUUGUUCAUAGGAACCUGCCCAUGAUUCUGAACUGGGUAAAAGCACAGAAGCCAGGUGUAAUGGGUGUUAACAUAAUUACAUCAGACUUUGUGGAGCUGGUUGACUUUGCUGCUACAGUUAUUGCAUUAAACGACCUCCUUUUAGAAGAAGAUGAAUCUGCGAUUAAGUCCUGACUGCUGUGUCCCACUUGUGCUCUUCAGUGGACAUCUUUGAACUGUGCUAUAAUGUUUUAUUUAUUAAGUGAAACAUGUUGUAAUCUCUGUUUAUUUAAAAAAAAAAUUCUAGAGGAAACAUGGUUAAACAUCAGAGGCGGGUCCCUUCCCCCAGUGAUGUGUGGAACAGAAAGUGCUGUCUGAGUGCUGCUGUGUGUCUGGCUACAUGUUUGACUAAGUUACGCACACAUCUGCUGCAGUCCGGCCGUGGUGUCUGCCUGCCAACAAGAGGCUGGCCUCCAGAGCAGAUGUACCCGAUUAUGGUGCACGUCUCCCUGGUGACUGGACUCACCGUCCCCUGGUGUACCCAUGCUGCGUAUUUCUCAACACCAGGGCUCAAACCAAGGAUUGCUGCUGAUCCCUUAGCAGCAGGCUGGCUUAGUGACCUUAGUGACCAGGCUGGCUGAGAUGGUAUUGUUCUUGGGCCAGCUCAGUCAUAGCUGGGCUCAGCUGGAGGCUGCUGCUGUAUUCAUUAUGCUGUUUCAGAUACUACCUCUGACUUACUUGAAGAAACAAUGUUGCUGCUGUUCAGGGGGAAGCUGUUACACUGUGUGGAAUAUCCAAACUGUCCUUCGGGCCCAAGAGCUUGGGAAGCUCUGCCUCUUCAGACUCCAAACUCUACUCCUGGACCUUUUUGUUUUACUUUAAUACAUUUAUUGCAACCACGUUUGUGUGCUGCUUUUGGCAUUAAUUUGGAGAAUAUUUCAGUCUUCAAAUUAUGAUGAUUAUUAACUCACAAGUCUGAAUUCGUGUUGAGACAUUUGAGAAGCCACAGUGCAACAUUCCUCUUCUGGUCGCUGGUCACUUUUUCCAUCCAUCGAGCUUUCUUUGGGGAAAGUCUCUCUCUCGGGCAGCCUUUCUCUGGAAGGAGGUGGGCUGUGUGGGAGUUUGCUUGGUAUUCAGAGAACUGGAGCUGACAGGGACUGCUCAAAACCCAAGUGUUGAAUCUCUGACUUGCAAUGUGACAGUGAAUUCUGAAACCAGGCCCAAAAGUUGUGCUUGUAGUCAGGGAGCCACAGCUAUGGAGGAGAUAUUUCCCCAGCCUGUGCCUGCUCGUGACAAAGUAAGCAAUAGUCGCACAGGCAGGUGUCAGUGCUGCUUCUUUCUCUAGUCAUAAUCAUUUCUGUGUUGAUUCACAAGAUAACGUGACCAUAUGUGCUUGAGCCAAUGUGAUCACAUGCUAGUACUUACAAGCACUUAACUGGCUAGCUGAUAGCAGUCCUACAGUCUGAUUUAUCUUUGUUUUUUUUUAAAAAAGACAAAAGUGACUGAUUAGCAGAUACUUCUCUGCUCAAUAGUCUUCCUGAAGCAACUGUUGGUGCACUAAUUAUUCAGUGAUGAUGAAUUUGUAUUAAUCUCUAGACUAUUUAUAAUAGAAUGGAUCAUCUUUAUAGAUAUUUUAUCCAAAAGAAAAGUGAAUCUUCAGUUUUAUUUAUUUUGUUAUCAUAUUCUGUAUCUGCCAUCAUAGUCUGACAGCCCAGAAAAAUCCAAAACCUCUUUGCUUGCUUGUCACAAACUCUGAACUCAGGACAAGUUUAGAUAAAGGUUUGCAAACCUUCCAUGUGAACCUUGGCCAGGUUCUGAGCAGACUGUAAUCUGAUUUAUCUGUUUGUUGUAUGGUUUUCAUUAGAGUUCCUUGAAUUUCAUUUAACUGAAUCCUUUUUGCUAAGGGAAUUGGGGGUGGGGAGGGUGUCUGUCUAAAGCUGUCUUUCUCCUUUCCUCUUGUGUUUCAGUGAUGGAAGUAAUGAAAAUCAGUUUUUGGGAACUAAAGCUCUAUUUUCUAGUUCAAAACUGCAUUUGAAAACCCCAGCAGAAGGUUUUUCUUAUUUUUGGUAUUUUUUUCCUUGUUGAUAAAACAGGUUCCAACAGUUUCAAACAGCACUAUUUUGUUAAGUUAUUUAAAAUACCUGGAUUUUCCUUGGUUGAAUUUUGUGUUUACCUACUUUUCUCAUAGCCCAGCUGACACUUGAUGAUAGCGUUAAAUGUAUGGGUUCGGCUUCAGUGGUCUUUUAGCUGCAAAUUGCCUUAGAGCUCAGAACUCAGAAGAACUUGGUUUGAAUGCUGAUGAGGCAGAAAUUAUGUUUGCAAUGUUUCCUGCAGAACUGGAGGACAAAGGGAGAAGGUGAAGUGAGUAUGAUGUUUGCAUUUGACUCUUAAUAUAUUUUGUACUGUAUAUAUCUACCUCAAGAGAUUAUCAGGCUUAAGCAGUACUUACAUUGUGCAUGCACAGUAAUGACUGUUAUCCUUCUGUUGUAUUUAUUUGAAUAGGGAUGUGAUGGUUGUAACUCAGGGCUUUGACUAGAUAUUUUUAACUACAAACUCAGAAGUUUUUCUAACAUAUUUGCUGUUAGCUCUUUCCUCUCAAAAUAGUAUGAAGGCAUGCUAGGUGUUAAGGGUGUUAGCAGAGGGAGAAGAAAUAGAAAAUAACUUUAAGAUUAAUGAUGAAGUUGGGGGGGGGAGGGGGGGGGCAGACCACUUCUUUCAGUUUUGGCCUGUCUGAAGAGACUUGUAUAUCACUUCAGAACAGCGCUUGAUGUUAUGUCUCUGUGAGGAACCUGGCAGUCGCAGUAGUGAGUUGGGCAAUUGGCAGAUACCCUGUGCAGGCAAUUGUAUCUCCUGUGGAUCCUCUGGGCAAUGUUAAUGCUGAUGUUUAGAAUUGGUUUUAGGGUAGUCCUAAACUGUCCUAAGCAAUAUGAACUACCUCUCUCUUGUUACACAUUAUUAUACAGGUAGCUUUGUUACAAGCUAUAGGCUUAUCUGUCUGACACAGCACUACAGCCUAUCCAGCAUUCCCUCACGCUUUGCAAAACAGAGCUCAUCUGGACUUGGACUUUGGGCUGGGGACUCUAUUUUCCGGCAUUAUAAAAGUAAAAAGGUGAGCCGGGCAGGAAGGGAGGAUCAAGGAAGUAGGGCAGUAGUUUGCAUCCCGUGCCCGCAUCAAAGGCGUGGCGGUGUUUUGCCAAGUUUCAGGCAGCAGGAUAGAGCAGGUCUGGCAGGUGAGUUACAGUGGCUGCAGAUUGUACUGAGAAGCUCGGCUGAGACUCUGGCCUCUGAACAGGCUGCAGCCGGGUAGAGCAUGGAGCAACUAACAGCCUGCAAGGUCACGUACAUAUGAUCUUGAAAAUGAAGGUUGGCAUGAAUGCAGGAGAAGGCUGGGAGUUCCUUGCUGUUGAUGUAGACCUGCAUCUGUUGAAUACAGUGAUCAUCUUGCUUUUAUCUUCCACAAGCAAUAGGGUUCACUUUUAAACAGUUUAGGUGGGAAACUCCCCUAGAAGAAUUGUUCCGAGGACUCAACCAUUCUGUAGGUGCUGGGAAAGGAAAAGCCAGGAAACCAGUAGCUGCUUGAGGCAAAACACUUACUUGAAUUGCAUAUUGUCAAAUAAUUAGUUGUAUGGUUCAUUAUUACAGAUUCAGGUUACUUACAUGUUGUGUUAUGACUGUCAUUUCUCUUCCUAAUGGGCAAUCACUGAAUGCCCAGCAUGUUGGUGGUAUGCCUGUUCUCCUGGCACUGAUUGCUGCCAUGUGUGAUUCAAGGGCACACCUCUGUGGCACAGGAGACCUCUGCAUGUAUCCCUGAUGGGGAGCAGCAGGGAGAAGGUUGUUAGGAAGCAUAUAUGAGUGUUUAGCAUCUUACUGUGUGCUUGUAGGUGAAAACAAAUGAGUUUUUAGUAGAUUUUGCAGACUAUCAAUUGCUCAGCUCCUUAUUUGGGAACUACUGUCUUAAAUAUAUUCAACAACUGUGGAGCUGAGAGUUGUAAUGUUGAAUUUUUGAGAACAAAAGGCAGAUAUCUGCUGUCCAACUUUAUCUCAAGAACUGAAGGGAUUCCAACUUGCAGGUGCUUUGCUGUGAUGGAGAGGAUCCCACUGGAGGCAGUUUCAGGCAAGUUUCAGGGGUGCUGUGGUCAGUGAGAGGUGUCAGACUGGGAGUCUCAGAGCACAAAUGCUGCUUGCAAAAAGGCCACCGUUCUGCUAAACAGACUGGAGAAGAAAAGAAUAAAGUGAAAAUAGUAUUUUUGCUCCUGACACACACUGGUCUUUGCUGUGUUGGUACCGAGUCAAUAUGUUGCAGUUCAGAAAGCACCUGCGCUGUAAAGCUGAAGAAGCACUUUUGAGCAGGAGUUUUGGCUCAGAGAAGUAGGGCACCUGCCGAGAUGUUUAUCUAUUGCUCUCAUCUGGCUAAGCCUUUGGAAAUAUUUUCUUUGCGUACCUGUCUCAGGUGUCAGAGUUCAUUGUUGUAUCAUCUAGCAGAUGAAGGUUUAGGACUUCUGUAGAUAAACAGAGGCCAUGGCUGUUAUGAUUUUAAAAUGGGGUUACCCACAGAAGUCUGACAGACCAUGUGUGACAUGAGGUUUACUUGAAUAUAAAAUAUUUAAUACAGAGUCUAUAUGCAGUUUUAAAAAGACUUGCAUCUAGACUUGAGCAUAUUGUUACCCAUCCCUGAUAAGCAAAUUCUUCAGUCAGAGGACCACUGUUCAGUACAAAACUUCAGGCAAAUUUUCAGUGAUUUAUUAAGCACAGAGAAAUUGUCUAAUGUGAAGAACAGAACUGAUGCAAAACUUCAUUAGAAAUUCAGAUCAGGCCAAGAUGUAGUUGUUUUAGCAGUCGAAGAUGUUUUUUGUUUUUCUGUGUCUGACAAAUUCCUAUUCCACCUUUGGUUUUUGGCUCGACAGCUAGGUAGAAAAGCCAGAGCAUACAGUGAAAAGCAAAUAAAUUUUAUGCUCAGGACAUGUAUGUUGGGCUAACUGUGGUAAGAGUGUAGUGACUUCCUUACAUUGACACCUUCCAGUGGUAGUCCUAUUAGCUGUUUGGUUUAGGUUGUUAAAUUAGUCUCUAUGUAUUAAAAAAAAUCAGUCCCACUGACUCAAUAUAUCUAUCAUGUUGAAGAAAUAUGUGUACUUCUGUAAGUGUUGUUGUUUUUUCUACAAGUCUUACCAAGUAAACAAGCUGUACCUUUUAAUUGUAGGGACUGGAAUAGGAAUGUCAGCUUUAGAACUGUUUGAAUCUAAUUUAUAUUCCUGAAUAUUUAUGUAUUGUGUGUUGUUAAUUGAAACUGUACUUCUUUUAGCCUUUGUUAGACCUGUGGUAACUUGGGUAUCUCACUUAAAUUGAACAGCAAUGUAUUCUCUGAAAAAAGCAUAGAUCAGUACAUCCUGUAUAAAAUUAAUUCUGAUGGUUCUUUGAAUUUGCUGAAUGUCAAAUGUAUUUUUCAGUUGGAUUUUCUUAUUUGUGCUAUUUAUACCAUGGAAGGGGGCAGAGUGAAUACAGGUGAAGAGGAGUUACCUAUUCUCUAUUUACAUUUUGUGCAGUUUCUCUCCUUUCUCUGGCACUUUGUGCUUUGUCCAUGUGUCCAGUUCAGUUUUGUGAAACCAGGAUGCCUCAUUGGAAUUGCAGAUAAACUGAGGUUGACAUCUGUUUGUUUCUGCUUUACUCUGCAUCUAAAUCAUUGGGGUUUUUAAUCCUGAAAAUAAAAGCACAACUUGAGCUAAC